GCUCACUGUGACAGCGAAGUGCCUCACUGAAAACCAGUGAGCUGGGACUUAAGUGGCCUCUGAUCUUUCUCACUCUUUUUUCCCCACAAUUCCUCUCUUUCUGUGUUCGCAUUUUCCAAGGAAGAGGCAUUUUCACGGACAGCUGUGGGACAGUAUCUUUCUGAGGAGGCAAGUGCUUGGCUGUAAUAUUUCAUUGCAGUCAUGGCCCCUAAGAAGAAGAAUGUGAAAAAGAACAAAGCAGAUAUCAACGAAACAACUAUCAUUGUGGAAGACGGCCCCCUCAGUAAACUAAAUGGCUUGAAUGGACUCUUGGAAGGAGGAAAUGGUUUCAGCUGCAUCUCAUCUGAGGUUUCCGACCCAUCAUACUGCCCAAACCUCUUGGAAGGUCUAAGCAAAAUGAGACAAGAAAAUUUCCUUUGUGACUUGACUAUCAGCACCAAAACCAAAUCAUUCAAUGUUCAUAAGGUAGUGAUGGCUUCAAGCAGUGAAUACUUUCACAACAUCCUAAAGAAAGAUCCAUCCACUCAAAGAGUGGACCUCAAUGAUGUGUCCCCAGUGGGUCUAGCUACUGUUAUCUCCUAUGCUUAUACUGGAAAACUUACUCUCUCACUUUACACAAUAGGUAGUAUUAUUUCCACAGCAAUUUAUCUACAGAUUCACACCCUUACAAAGAUGUGCUGUGAUUUUCUAGUCCAAGAAAUCAGUGUUGAGAACUGUAUGUACAUUGCCAAUAUUGCAGAAACAUACGGACUAAAAACAACCAAGGAAGCGGCGCACAAAUUUAUUAAAGAAAACUUCAUUGAAUUUUCAGAAACUGAUCAGUUCCUAAAACUUACUUUUGAUCAGAUUAAUGAACUUCUUGCAGAUGAUGACUUACAGUUGCCUUCUGAAAUUGUUGCAUUCCAGAUUGCAAUAAAAUGGCUGGAAUUUGACCAAAAAAGAGUAAAGUUUGCUGCCAACCUCUUAAGUAACAUCCGUUUUGGUACCAUCUCAGCCCAAGACCUUGUCAAUUAUGUUCAAACUGUGCCAAGAAUGAUGCAAGAUGCAGACUGCCAUAAGCUCCUCGUGGAUGCCAUGAACUAUCACUUGCUUCCCUAUCACCAGAAUACACUUCAGUCCAGAAGAACGAGGAUCCGUGGAGGUUUCAGAGUCUUAGUUACUGUUGGGGGACGCCCUGCUUUAACAGAAAAGUCUCUUAGCAGAGACAUCUUAUACAGAGAUCCUGAAAAUGGGUGGAAGAAGCUAAGUGAAAUGCCUGCUAAAAGUUUUAAUCAGUGUGUCACAGUGAUGGAUGGAUUUCUCUAUGUGGCUGGUGGGGAAGACCAGAACGAUGCCAGGAACCAAGCCAAGCAUGCAGUCAGCAAUUUCUGCAGAUAUGACCCUCGUUUCAACAGCUGGAUUCACUUGGCGAGCAUGAAUCAGCGGCGCACCCACUUCAGCCUGAACGUGUUCAAUGGCCUCCUCUUUGCAGUGGGAGGCCGCAACUCCGAGGGCUGUCUCUCCUCUGUCGAGUGCUACGUGCCCGCAACUAAUCAGUGGCAGAUGAAGGCCCCGCUGGAGGUGCCCCGGUGCUGCCAUGCCAGCGCAGUGGUGGAUGGCCAGAUCCUGGUCACGGGAGGUUACAUCAAUAACGCUUACUCUCGCUCGGUGUGCAUGUACGACCCCAGCAAAGAUACCUGGCAGGAUAAGGCCAGCCUCAGCACCCCAAGGGGCUGGCACUGCGCAGUGUCCCUUCUGGAGAGGGUCUACGUCAUGGGUGGGUCUCAGCUGGGGGGGCGAGCGGAAAGGGUGGAUGUUCUCCCUGUGGAGCGCUACAGCCCGUACACGGGCCAGUGGAAUUACGUGGCGCCUCUUCAAACUGGAGUUAGCACGGCUGGUGCCUCCACCCUCAAUGGGAAAAUUUACUUAGUGGGUGGCUGGAACGAAAUAGAGAAAAAGUACAAGAAAUGCAUUCAGUGCUAUAACCCAGAUCUCAAUGAAUGGACAGAGGAAGAUGAGCUGCCUGAGGCCACUGUGGGCGUAUCUUGUUGUACUAUAUCUAUGCCCAGCACCAAGACAAGGGAGUCCAGGGCCAGCUCAGUCUCUUCUGUCCCAGUCAGUAUCUAAAGACAGGUCUAACCAGCAAUAAGUAAAAAUGUUUACCAGCGCGGCAAUAUAAUUAACCCUUUAAGUAGAAUUUUUGUGCUUAUGUAGGAAAAACAAAAUCAUUGGCUUUGCAAAUGUGCUUGGCCAGUUUUCAUGAACUUUAGUACAGGUGGCAUGAAACAGCACAUUAGAGAUAAGAUCAAUUUUCUUAGCAGGAAAAGAGAGUUAACCCAUAACCAGAGAAUUUCAUUCUCUUCCUGACUUUGCCACUGACUUACUACACUAUCUGUGGCAAAUCAUUUAAUUUCUUUAUGUCUUGGUUUCCUUACCUGUAAAAUAGAGAUAAACUUGCUUCAGAAGAUUGUUAUGAGGCUUUUUAAUACUGAUUUUUAAACUCUUUCAGAACCCAAAGUGAAAGUCAAAUAUGACUAGUAAUAAAUCUCAAUAUAGAUCAGAAAUGUGCCAUGUCAUCAUAACAUUGAUCAGUUUUAUUCUUUUCUAAGCAUUUUCUAUUUUCACAAACAGAAGGGAAAAAAAGGCAAGCCAAAAAUACCACACAUAGCAUGUGUGGCACUUUCCUUUUGGCGCAGUGGUAUUCACAAAAACUUCUCAAAGCAUUUUGUCCUUCAGAAGGUAGAAAGAGUUCCUCAUCUUCUGCCACGAAACACUUUAAUUCCUGUAUCAAGUGCUGUGACAGGGCUUUCAAGAUCUGAAUACACAAAAUACUUUAGCUCCCAUAAGCACUAUGGGCCAGCCCCAAGGGGCUACUUUGCCAGAUGGCUCUCCUGACCUCUGCGUACACCAGGCAACAUCACCUCAUCCUCCUCCUCAUGCCAGGGAGACACCACUCUCAUUCCAGGUGGAAAAACCUGGAAGCUGAGUCCAUGCCAGGAGACACCAAGGGCUAAUGGCAUCUGAACAUGGGGAAGAUGCACAGAGCAAACUCCCUUACAUUGCUCCAGCAAAUAACCAGUGGAAUGAGCAACAAAGAUGGAAUAAAGACUUCAGGAUCUGCCCUUUAGAAUUUGUGUGGAAAACAGGAAACUAUGGGAAAACUCCCUUAGUAGAAAUAAAGAGAUACCUUAACACCUUUCUUGCCAGGUGUAGGCACAACAACACCCAGAGUAACCUUCUCCUGGGUAUACCAUUAUGCAUCUCCUUCUGAAGCCUUCAUUACAGCCCUUUUUAUGGACAUUUCAUUCAUUUUAUUCCAAAGGCUAGAGUAAUGCUCUUUGUGUUGAAGUUUUCCCAGGAGUCUUCACUCGACUUAGUUUGCCCCCAAGAACUUUUCUUCCUGAUUUCAGCAUGAGGUGAGGGAAUUAACCAUGAAACCUAAUCCUAUUCCCAUUGCCAAAGGGAUGUGCAGCCCAUCGUGUCCUGUGAAAAUUUGAUACCGAAGGACUGCUGUCAGCACAAAAUGUCUACAUCAGCACGAAAUGUCUACAUCCUUCUUUUGGGGAAGAAAAAGGAAAUAUAAGGAAUUAAAAUGAUUUAUUAUAACCAGAAGGGCAUUCACCUUAACCUAUUCAUGGAAGCUUCACAUUCAGUUUCCUCAGAUUAUCAUUGACACCUCCAGGCUUCAGUGUCAAUGAGAAGCCAUGCUCUUAGCAAUGCUUAUAAGGCAGACAAAAUUUUAUCUCAUUUUCAAAAAGGGAACACCAUAAAAUUGUCUGUCAGUGCAGAUGUUGUCGAGACAAGCAUUUUCAGGACCCAAGCUCUUUGCAGUUUUGUUAAAACUGCAUAUUGAGGAUCAGCCUGAGCGUGACAUGGUGUUAGAGAUGAAGUAAUUCACUCUGUCAGUUGAGAUUGAACUCCAUGGUACUCAGUCCUGUUUUCUAGUUCUAACUUAGAGUUCAUCUUUGCAUCCUGACAAUAGAACUUCAAGUUUCAAAUUGUAUUUUUGAGUGCUGUGUAUUAUUAGAAUAUACUGCCACCAAUAACUUGUGGUCAGAGUAGCACAGUCAUAUAAUUUUGAUUCAUUUAAUUGCCAUAUAGUUGUUCUGUACUCUGUGUAAUUCAAAUAAUAACAAAUGUGGAACAGUGUAACAGAGUACUCUUAGUUUAAGUAUGAAAAUUCUGUUCUUGCCCAUUCCAAUCACCAAAAGCUUUUCCUGAAGGAGAGAAAAAAUUUCUCUUUCCCCAAGUUAUGACCACAUGUUCCAUAUGAAUGCGUUUAGGAAGUUCUUUAGAAAUAACCAUCUAUUCCAAUAUUUUUUUUGUAAUUUUUUUAAUCCAUCCAGUCCAAUGAAGACACCUGUACAAAUUCAAUUAUAACUGUAUUCAUGGUGUAGUUACUUAGUAUUUAUAACAUAUCCAUGAGGUUGUAUUUGUGAAUUGAAAAAACAACUAUUAUGGCCUCAAACAGAUAUUGGAUGGAAUUGCCAUAUGCAAGUGUCUCUUUUUCCCUUUAGGAAUUCAGUUCCAAAAUGCCAUGAAUAGUCAGCCAUUGCUGCAUGCUUUCCUGUUUAUGAGCUAGCACUUCAUGUACAUCAACAACCAUCUUGUUUUUGAGUGGUAAAUUAUUUAUGAAUGAUGGGCUAAGUGCAAUGAAACUUCUCUCUUACUACUUAAAGGGUUAAAAACUUUGGGGGCCAAAUCCUUUUCAUCUUACUCACAAAAGAGGUUCCAUUGACUUCAGUGGGACUGCUGAAUAAGAUGUACAGGAUUUUGAACUCUUGGCCAAAUUCUGGCAGAACAGUAGAUAAAGGUGCCACACCCAGAAGGAAGACUGCUGCUCUGCCUCCAGUGCCCUUGGCCAUGACAAAUCCAUGAAGACAUGUGCUAGGACAGGAGCCAAAUACAACUGGCCAUGUGUUCCUUCUGUAGCACAAGUUAGGUACAUACUUCAGGCCAAAAAUCUUAGGUAGAUUAACAAUUGUAUUGUUACCAAUAUAACACUACAGGUUUGCUUUACAUUAUUUUCUCUAUACAUCUGUUCAGGCUUCAACUGCACAUUGAGCCAGGAUUUGGCCCUUAAUAUGUGACACAAUUAGCUGGACUUAAAAUUAUGUUGAAUCAUGCUACGUACUGAGCUAUUUGUGACAUUUUAUGUAUGAUCUUCUUUUGUUAGAACUGUGAAAAUUGCUUGUAUGUUCUGUUUUAUGGGAUGGUGUUCUUUCAUUGUCUGGUACCAUAUAUUCAAUCUCUACAUGUUUGUAAUGACAUCUCAGUUGAAGUUGAAAUACUGUCAAUACAAAAAGAAGUUUUAAAGUGCAAGGAAGUACUGCGUGCGGUAAUAUUAAGUAGAGCAGAUGACUUCCAACUGUAUGAGAUCCAGAUUGUUAAAGCCCUACAGGGAUCUUCUUUAAUGCUAUGUUAGUAGUAGGAAAAAAAAAACCCCAAACAAACAAAUUAAUGUAAGCUGUUAUCCUCAAAAUUCUGUAUAAAACACCCAUGCAUUUUAUACUUCAAAUAGCUGUGCUUCAAAUUCAGAUCUGAGAAAGAACCUUUCUUCAGUCUGUGAGAGAAGCAGUUUGCAAGUGUUUGUUUUCUUGUUUAUUCCUGACUCUUUAGUUGUAUGCGAGAGUGUGUUAGAGAUUGUAAAGGGAGGAACUUGCUGUUGGAAAGUUGUGCUGAAAGGAAGAUGUUGUGUUUAGUUCUUAAUCAAGACGAGAUCAUGAUCAUGUAAUCUCUUCUUGAAGUUAACCUGCAAGAUCAUCUGUGGAUCAGUCAAGAGUCCAGUAAACUUGAAUCCUUCAAAGAGGGAAGCAGGCAAAAGUAGCAUCCACCGAGCUCAGUGAGGUAUUAAGAAGUGCUUUGUGUUGAGACUUUUUAAUGGCAGUUCUUGCAGAAAAAAAGGAUGCAAUGAAUGAAAUUACUGAGUAAGAACAUUUAUAUUAUCCUGAAACCUAGAUUAAUUUAUCUCGCAGUUCUAACUCUUACCAAAUCAUACUAGGUUUAAGAGCAGUUUUUCCUUAGCAGCUGGGCUUGGUAAUUCUAAUUGCAAACCCAGCAGUCACACAAAUAGUUGUAUGAGCAUGCAUACCUUCUUGCAUUCAAUGGGACUUCUGCUACAGAAGUUACUCUCAAGGAUUUGUAUUUGGAAAAAUAAAAUAUAAGAACUAAAUCCAUGAGCAGGCAAACAUCAAUGUCUAAUUAAAGCCAACAUGAGGGUGUUGUUAAACUGAUCCUCAAUAUCACCAUUCACUUACCAUACCAGCACAUGCCAUUUUUUGAGACUCAAUUACCCUGUAAGGAUAAUAUUUCCUCGGAAUGGCUGCUCAAUGAAAUCCUAUGUAUACUCCAAAGGGUUUUUUUAUGCGACACACAGGAUGGGAGGUGCUCUCGUCCAUGCAAAAGCCGAAAUGGAGCCACUUAGAGCCAUAAACAAACUAAGAUUUUGUUCCCAGUCCUCAAGGAUGUUUGAGAAAUAUGUGCUGGAAAGAAGCACCUUCUUCAACACAUGCCUUUCCAUAAGCAGCUUUACUUACGUUCUGUUACUGAGAUUUUCAUCAUCUUUCUGAUGAAAAGCAAAGAUCAAUUUUCAAUUGUCUGUAACUUCAAUUCUCAGUUGAACUGAAUUUUCAGUCCAUUUUAACUGUUUAGCCAAGCUGGGAGGUCUUUUUCAAAGUCUGAAUUCACCUGCUCAGAGAAUGCAAUUGGACCCAGUAGUCCUCCUAUAGGUUCUUGACCUUUUUAUAAUGAAUCCUCUCUUCUGUCAAAGAUUUGCUUUGUAUAAGUACUCAUUGUAAUGAGUAUAAGCACAUUGUAAUGCACAGAUUUAUACUUUGACUUCUCCUUGAAAGAGGAAGAUCUCUUGUCUCUCUUAGUUUCUCUUUUCUUAUCCAUAACUGAGUAACUAUCAGAGCACCAAAGAAGAUGCACAGAUGUGAACAGUACAUAAAAGCUCAACUGUGAAUCUAUAAAAAUCUCAUUGCUGGUGGCCACAAUAAAGAAAAGGACACAUUCUGAAAUGCCUGCUGGAUAAAAAAAAAAAAAA